GUGAGAAAUUAACGCUCCGUUUCUUAGUGUUUUGCACAUUUCAAGUAAAAAAGAUUGGAUUUGGGUAGCAAUAAUACAUGCAGUCAUAAUGCUGAGUAUUUGCACUGUGUUCAUUAAGAGACCAGUUCUUCACUCCAAAUAAUUAUUUGUGGAGGGAGACCUCAGUAGGUUGAUGAAACGUCAUCAUCCCAACAGAGAUAACUUUGUUGUGAUGUUCAGGAAGUUGAACGAAACGAGCAACAGCUGAUUGUGAAAGAGGUGUCCCGUGAGACAAGUUUUCAAUUUUCACUUUGUACUUUGCAAGUCGGGUCUUCCUGUCCAGCUAAUUAGCCAUUGUCAACUGUCACUGGCCUAUUAGCACAAUGGUAGAGUGUGCAUCUCAACAUGAUGGGGAUCCUGUGAGCAGUGAAGGGCAACUACCUCAAGGAAUGGCUGAGGAUACUGAUGUACCACAACAUGAAGAGCUGGAAGAAGUUGAUCAUGCUUCUGAAGGAGAGGUAGAACUAAGAGGAUGCUCCUCCAUUUGUGAUCCACGUAUGGCUCGCUUCAGAUUUUCUUCCUUGAUAUUUAUGUGUUUACUGGGAUUUGGUUCGUAUUUUAGCUAUGAUUCACCUGCAUCUCUUCAGGACCAGAUCAAAGAUGAUAUGCAUGUUAAUACAGUUCAGUUUGCAUCUCUCUACUCUCUCUACUCAUGGCCCAAUGUCAUCCUUUCCUUUUUGGGCGGAUUUCUUAUAGAUCGGCUGUUUGGUAUCCGCAUUGGCACCAUUGUCUUCUCUGCUAUUGUGACAGCCAGUCAGUUUGUUUAUGCUCUUGGAGCUUUUGUUGAUCGUUUUUGGGUUAUGCAGUUAGCAAGAUUCCUUUUUGGUGUUGGUGGUGAAUCUCUUGCUGUAGCCCAAAAUACAUAUGCUGUAAGCUGGUUUAAGGGGAAAGAAUUGAAUGCUGUAUUUGGUUUAACACUGAGCAUGGCCAGGGUUGGCUCCACUGUAAACUUCCUUGCUAUGGGUCCCAUCUAUAAAGCAGGCACUUCUGUUGGGGAUGGAACAACUGCCCUAGGAAUUACAGCACUUGCUGCUGCUGGUACCUGUGUGUUAUCCCUAGUAUGUGCUCUGAUCUUGUGCCUUCUUGAUAAGAGACGAUCAUCUGUCCUGCACAUUAGUGAAGCUGAGACAGGAGAGAAAGUAAAGUUGUCAGAUGUUCUGACAUUUCCAUUUUCAUUUUGGUUGAUCUGCGUCAUUUGUGUCACAUACUAUGUGGCAAUAUUUCCUUUUAUUAGUUUGGCAAAGGUGUUCUUCAUGCGGAAGUUUGAUUUUGAUGAGGCCAGUGCUAAUGGAGUUAGCAGCAUUGUUUAUAUAAUAUCUGCCGUGGCAUCGCCCCUGUUAGGAUUGCUUGUGGAUAUAACUGGACGAAAUAUAUUCUGGAUAUUCUUUGCUGUUUUAGUUACAUUAGGAUGUCAUGUUCUUUUGGCAUUCACAUUCUUGAAUCCUUUCAUUGCAAUGAGUAUUUUGGGCUUGGCAUAUUCUUUAUUGGCUAGCUCCCUGUGGCCAAUGGUGUCCUUGGUCAUACCUGAAAAUCAGUUGGGUUCUGCUUAUGGAAUGAUGCAGAGUAUCCAGAACUUAGGCUUAGCUCUCAUCAAUAUGCUUGCUGGGUAUAUUGUAGAUGCAAAUGGGUAUCUCAUUCUGGAGAUGUCCUACAUUAUUUGGCUUUGUGUGGCACUUGUUUCCACGGUGGUCAUAUGGGUGGUAGAUAAUAAGGGUACUGGAUAUCUGAUGAUGUCACCAUCCCAGAGGAAAACUUAUGAUGUUGCUUUGGAGGAAGUAGAGGGAAAAGAAAAAGAACCUGUUGGACAUGUUAAUGAAGUAUUUGAAGUGAAAGAGUAAACAUAUGUUUACUUGGUUCUUAGUGUAAUUGAAACUCAGCUUUCAAAAGAAUCAUGAAAAGGUAGACUGCCAAAAAAUUGCUGUGGAGAUGAAGGAAUCAGUGGUGGUCUUGUUCUUCUUAGGUCCUCUAUAUAUUGUUUGAGGGUACCUUUUAGGUUUGAUCUACUUCAGUGACUUAGAAUUUUAAUACUUUUUAGAACAACUUUUUUAUAUAUAGUUUGUCUAACAGAUUUAUUGAAUAUUUUUUAUGGAAAAAUUGUCCUAUUCUUUGGUGAUUAAUACUUCACUGAGAAUUGGGAUAAUUUUGUUCUUGUGGUGCAAAUAAAGUAAGGAGUAGAUGAAAUUACAAGAUGUGUAUUGCUAUCAGAUUAUGUAUCAGAUCUCAUUACUAACAAGACAUAUACAUAUACAUUAUAAGGAAUUUAUAGUACAAUUCCAUGCCAAGUGUAAAUAAUUAAGAGGUCUUUUAUCCAUUUUAAUUUUUUUAUUUUAUAAAUUAGAUAUAUACGUAUAUAUACUUAAUAGUACUGUAUUCUUUUGCGUUUAACAUUCCCAAUAGUAUAGGCUAAAUUGUCAUAAGUCAAAAAUGAAGUAGCAUUUAUGUCAUUGAUAAGGAGAUAAUUUUAUACCUCAUUAUAAUUGUAAUUUUAUACCUCAUUAUAAUUGUAAUACAGUAUAAAUAUGUACAUUAGUGACAGAAGCUAUAUUUAUUUUUAUGUAAAGUAAAAAUUUAUUUAAAAAUGCAAAUUGUUAGUACAGUAUUAUGAAACUGCUUUAAUAUUUUACAUAUGAUUUUUUUAGUUUAAUCUUGUAGGAUAGGUCUCAGUGAUUUGUGAUAGUUUUUAAUUGUGCUCAUAUUUCUAAGUUAUGUUUCCUUUUCAUCUACGUAUUACUAUUUAACUCGAAGCAACUGAGUAGCCCAGAUAUAUCUUUUCAUCUAUGUACUAUUUAACUUGAAGCAACUGAGUAGCCCAGAUAUAUAUGAAAGUGCUCAUGACAAGCAUGGAAAGAAUGGUUUUAUUAUCUGUGUAAUGACAGGUACAAACAUUACUUUUGCUUUUAAAAAGGGUUUAUUAUGCAUAAAUGUUGUGGUCCUGUGCGUAUAUUUCAUAUUUAAAUGUACAUAGUAUCCCUCUGGUAAUGCCAGCAAGCCAAUUUGGUGCCUGGCCAUGUCUUAAUCAAGACCUUUAAAAGUGGCAUUUCUUUAAGAUUCAUUACAUUGUAUUUUUCUAGUUAAUGUCUUUUUUGAGUAAAUACCAAUAAUUUAUUUGUGUAGUACAUAGUGCUCUCGAUUAAAGUGGUAUAAUUGAUUAGGAAAGCUCACAUAAGCUCAGAAUUUAUUGUUUUAAUUAUUUCUUUGGGGAUAAUAGUUCCAGAGGGCCAUUUUACCAUAUAUUUUCCUAACCCCACUCACCUUUACAUAAACUAAUGUCCAAGAGUACCUUUAAAUUAUUGAUGUCAUUGCAAGUCCAAUGACCUAUAGGAUAUGAUGGGCUUUAUAGUACUGCUUAUAUAAUUUUUACUCUUGUGAUGAUUACAACUUAUUUUCAGCCUGGUCAUUACUCAUAACAUAAAAGGUUACUUUAAAUAGGUGUAAGAACUAAAGUGAUCAAAACUUGUUUGAAAGUUGCCAAAGUGUAGUUUUAAUGCUAUGGUACUGCCAUAUCAACUGUAAGCAUUUCUUUUAUUAAGAGUUUCAAUUGUAUUUAUCAUGUUGAAAAAUACUGUACCCUCCUUCUGUAGUAGUAAACCGACUGUUAACUAAAGCAGAACUUGUUAAUUUAAUUAGUUAAUAUACAUCUUUGAUUCUCACAAGGAUUUUGGUGAAAAGUAUUAUAGAUAAUUCUAGGGAUUUUGAACAUUUUAACUGUAACAUUGGUACCUUGAUGACCUAGUAAUUAUGUAUAGUGGUUGCAUAAAUUUAAGUAAGAUUUCAGUAUCACAUUUCUUAAUUUAUAACAUAUUAAAAAUCAUGCUGUUUCAUUACUGGUAUAUUUAUAAGUUAAUUUUUCUCUCAGUAGUAUUUCUUAACAAUAGUGUGAUUAUUGGGUAGUAGAAGAAAUUUUCAAAAUUUUUCAUUCAUCUUUAUUAUUCCUAACAAUUAUGUAAUUAUUGGCUAGUAAGGUACCUUUUUGAAUUAUUUUUUUUCCAGUCCAUUAUGUAAUCAUUGUCUAGUAAAGUAAGCUAAGAGAAAAUGUUA